GCUGUCAGUGCUGACUUAGGGGGGCUCUUCACGCAGUGCCAAAGUGCCAAACCAUUUAAGGAAGGAAAUUUUGUAGGAAAGACACCAAAAUGCCAAAUAGAGCUCAAGAGGAUGCAGUGAUCAAUCUUAAGUCGGUCCAGGAUCUUUCCAAGCACCUGGGAUUUGAGUGGACCAUCCUGGCAUAUGAGUUGGGUUUUACCAGACCUGAAGUCAGGCAGUUCCACAUAACUGCAGCAGAGAAGAAAGCCCAAGCCAAGAAGAUGCUGGAGUGCUGGUAUGAAAGAACGUGGGACAAACUAAACAAGACCAAGAUCCUGCAGGAUGCUCUUGAGCGUGCAGGUCGCAAGGACCUGGCUGACCGCCUGAGAUGUCUGCACUGGGGCCAUCAGAAGUUGAGCACGAAGGUGGAGCUGCCCUCAGCCUUUCCCUUCCUGAUCACCGUCCACAGGACCAUAGACAACCGCCAGGCUCUUCUCCGAAUUAACGACCUCAGUCGAAGAUACACUUAGCUAUUCCUAUGCAACAAUACCACCAUUUCUUUUUCGCAAAGCUGUCAAUUUCAAAUAAUCUAUUUCUCAAUAAAACAGUUCAUUAGUCUCAUAAAA